GCCGGCGCGACCCGAUUACAUCACCGCCGGGCCGCUCGGUCAUGGACGCGAUGAAAGAUCAGUUCGAAGAGACGAUGAUUAGGUUAACGGGCUAUUUUUUUCGAGAAAAGUAAACGCUUACAGUACCGGCAAAGAUGGGCGAAUCACGAGGGUGGAGAAAAUAUAUAAAAUGGCAGAAAAGGAAAAAGUCCAUGAAUCGCAGCAUCACCGUCCAAGAAUGCAGAAAGAGCAGCAGAAUGGUAAUUUCACAGAUCUCUUGUCGUUGAAUGAGCGGAAAUUGAAGGAUCAAGAGGAGAGGGACACACUAGUUUUAUGGAGACGGCCUGUUAUCACCAUGCAAUACUUCCUCCUGGAAACUAUCAUUGACUUUAAAGAAUGGACAAUAAAGUUGUGGCAACGACGGAGGAUUGUUCUGACUUUGCUAUUCUUGUUGGCUGUGACUACGGUGGCCUAUUAUGUUGAAGGCGAGCAUCAACAGUUUGUACAUUUGGUGGAAAAGAAGUGUUUAUGGUGUGCCUACUGGUUAGGCUUGGGUAUCCUGUCCUCCGUUGGUCUCGGGACAGGUUUGCACACUUUCCUGCUCUAUUUGGGACCACACAUUGCUUCAGUGACUUUGGCUGCAUAUGAAUGUAACUCUGUGAAUUUCCCGGAACCUCCCUAUCCAGAUAAAAUCAUCUGCCCUGAUGAGAAAUUGAAAGAGACCAUCUCUCUAUGGGCCAUUAUCUCCAAAGUCAGGCUGGAGGCUUGCAUGUGGGGAGCUGGCACGGCGAUAGGAGAGUUGCCUCCUUAUUUCAUGGCACGAGCAGCUCGUCUGUCAGGCACAGAAGCUGAUGAGGAAUUUGAAGAAAUACUGGAACAUGGUCAGAAUUCAGAGGGUCUUCCAACCAGAGCGAGGCUGGCUGUUCAGAACUUGGUACAAAGAGUUGGCUUCUUUGGCAUCUUGGCUUGUGCUUCAAUUCCUAAUCCCCUCUUUGACCUGGCUGGAAUAACAUGUGGACACUUCCUUGUUCCUUUCUGGACAUUUUUUGGUGCGACUCUUAUCGGAAAAGCUGUCAUAAAAAUGCACAUCCAGAAAUUAUUUGUUAUCAUCAUGUUCAGCAAGCACAUAGUGGAACAGAUGGUGUCCUUGAUAGGGGCAAUUCCAAGGUUAGGCCCAUCACUCCAAAAACCCUUCCAAGAAUACCUGGAGGCCCAGAAACACAAGCUGCACCACAAGUCUGGAGAGAAAAUGGAAGCGAGUGAAAAUUGGCUGUCGUGGCUGUUUGAGAAAAUAGUCAUUGUCAUGGUGUGCUACUUCAUUCUGUCCAUCGUUAAUUCCAUGGCCCAGAGUUACGCUAAACGGAUCCAGUCGCAGAAAUACACCGAGGAGAAAAUGAAAUGAAAAAUUAACUUUUUUUUUAGGAAUGGUCAACAGGAGGCCCAGAUUAGAUAGUGAUUCCUAACAGCCAUCUGCUGCUGCUUGAUUCCACUAACUGGAAUUAUUUUAGGGAGGCAGAGAGGAUACGUUAUAAAUGUAUACAGUUACAAGUUCUGAGAGAAUUAUUUCCUGCUUAUCAUAAGUAUUCCAGCCUGGAGUCUACUUUUGUGGAUUCUUGCCCAUCUAUUGUCUCCAUUAUUACAUUAUUUUUAAAGAAUCCUGGCUUCAGUAGAGGCCUUGUUAACAAUGAAUGGUGUUAAAUGGCAUAAAGGAAAUUGUAGAACAGAUGUAAAUAUUAGGCAUGGAAUCCAGAUGAAAGCAAUGAGUUGGAUCAUCCAAUUACUUUGGGGACAUGAAUGAAUAAACAUGGUUUGCAAAAACCACAUCGGCUCAAACACCAAUAUUGCAUUGUCUUGAGGUGCAAGCAUAUUCCCAUAAUUCCUAUUUAACCAUCAAAGGUUGGCCAUAUUUGGCACGGUGGUUGGUAAUUUCAGCUCCAUAAAUAAAGAAUAGCGGCACUGUUUUUUAAUACUUGCCACUUGUGGCACUGGUUGAAAAUAAUGCUCAAGCUCUAACAGAGAUUACUGCACUGAAAUAGUUAAAUGGGAACUUCUUAUCAUUUUUAUUGCAUAACUUUCCUAUAUUGGCGCCUUCCUCCGCAUAAUCUGUACAUUCACCUUGGUGCUGAGAUUUCACGCUGCCUACUCACCAACAACUGUUUGAGCUGUGGUUUGAUGCUGCAGGUUUUAGUGAAUGGAAGGCCACAUCAAUGUUCAAUGCUCAGAUGAGGCCCUAGUCAUACCAUCAUCUGUAGUGUACUCUCCAUUUUAGCAGAGAAAAAAGGCAUUAAUUUUGUAUCACAUAAUUUCUCCUCUUUUGCUGACAGAGGGUAGAUAUGGUGAAUGUGAGCAAACAUAUGUGGAUUUGUGAAAGAGGUUUAUAGAUAUUAUCACAAUCCUUGUUUUUUUAUUUAUCUCCCUAUUAGGCAUUGUUGUUCUCUUGUGCCCAAUGCACCUAACUUGAAAACUCUAUGCUCACCUCUACUUGCAUUUUCAACAGUGAUAAUGAAAGAAAAGCUGUAAAACCAGUCAAUCUACAAUUGUACAGAAAACAAUGUCAUGUGUAUUCUGUAAAUUUUAACACAAAGAUCUAACCUGGCUUUAUAAAACUGCAUUGUCGAUUCGCAGACUGAGCCUUCGUCCAACUCUGUCCGUUUGAUGGGGAAUGUCUUGAUCGUGUAAAAUAUUAAAAUCUUAAAGUACAUGUGCCAAUUAAGUAUAAACUCAAUGACUUACCCUGAAUAUAGGACCAUUCAUAACGAGUGAAAUAACAAAACAGAGGUCUGAUUUUAGGUCACAGUGUACAUCUUAAAUUAUCCCUGUGCGAGACAUGUUCCAUAAAAGACAUCCUUCAGAAGUAUCUCUUUAGGAGCUGUUAACUGGAGAAACUGAUUCUGUUUUAAUUAUUGCAUUUUCUAACUGGAAUAAACUUGGAAUUAUGGUGA